GUGAUCCUUGACGCUUCUAUCUCUGGUGGUUUCCAUGACUUCAGGUUAAGGGAUGUUUCUCGGCAGGCGCUAUUUGGAGCUGAAGGUUCCGGGCUGAAUGAGAGACCUUAGAUCAGCCCGGAGAGAGAGAUAGAGAGAGAGAGAGAGAGAGACACCAGUGUUGGAGGAAGCUCCCAAUUCCAGCUGGGACUAUGGUGAAGGCUCUCUGCGAUUUCCUGAUGUUUUUAACCCGAGUCACUGGGAAGAUCAAGAACCUUCUCUUCUGGGCUCUGGCGUACAGUUUUUGCGGGUUCUGUGCCUGCCUGGUUUUGCUAAAACUUCUGUGGCACAUCAUCAGGAAGCCGGCAGAAUCCUUUCAGUGGACUGAGCGCGAAACCCUUCCAGCUUGCCUGAACGACACGUCCCUGGGAACUCACUGUUACGUGCGAAUCAAGGAGUCAGGAUUGAGAUUCCAUUAUGUUGCUGCAGGAGAAAGAGGGAAACCAUUAAUGCUGCUGUUACAUGGAUUCCCAGAGUUCUGGUUUUCCUGGCGUUAUCAGCUUCAAGAAUUUAAGUGCGAAUUCCGAGUCGUCGCAGUUGAUUUACGGGGAUAUGGGGAAUCCGAUGCACCCGUUGGUCGAGAAAAUUACCAGCUGGAUUGUUUGAUCACCGACAUAAAGGAGAUUGUGGAUUCACUCGGCUACAAGAAGUGUGUUCUGAUUGGCCAUGACUGGGGCGGACUGAUUGCCUGGUGUUUUGCCAUCUAUUACCCGGAGAUGCUGAACAGGAUUAUUAUUCUGAAUUGCCCACAUCCUGCAGUUUUUAGUGAUUACGUGAUGCGACAUCCCUCCCAGCUGAUCAAAUCAAGCUACUUUUUCUUUUGCCAAGUGCCAUGGCUUCCUGAAUUUGCUCUUACGAUGAAUGAUUUCAAGGUGUUGAAGUACUUAUUCACAAGUCAGAGCACAGGCAUUAGGACGAAAGAGUGCAGGAUGACAGCAGACGAGAUCGAAGCCUACUUGUACAUCUUUUCCCAGCGUGGCGCCUUCUCUGGACCACUUGACCACUUCAGGAACGUAUUCAGUAGCCUGCCCUUGAAUCAGAAUGAGGUGGUGUCACCCACCCUGUUAUUGUGGGGAGAAAAAGAAGGAUUUAUGGAGUUCAAGAUGGCUCAGCUCUCAAAGUCUUACGUGAGGAAUUGUUUCAGACUGCAUGUCGUGCCCGAGGCCAGCCACUGGCUCCAGCAGGACCAACCACAACUGGUCAACCGCUUGAUCUGGGCAUUUCUGAAGGAAGGCAACCAGUAAAAUGUACUGUCACUGAAGUAAGGCACAAAUAUUUUCAGACGGUUCCAGUGUCAAAAGUAAAUGUUUUCCUGUGUCUUUUCACUGUAACCACUCCUCUUUACACAUGCUGUCUAAAAUCUAUGGUGCUGACUUAAAGUCUGCUUGUGAGGUUUGUACUUUUGCUGACGCACUAUUUACAUGUAAUGCUGAGAAGUAACUAUUUAAAGCUGGGGUGUUCCCAAUAUGUCUCUACAUAUAUACUUAUUAAGAUUCCCAGUGACCUCAUUUCUGUGCAUUUAGACUGGCUGAGGAGUUCAAACAGGUUCAAGUUAUCUGCCCUCGGGAGUCAUUGACAAGACAAAUGAAUCUUAAACUGAUUCUGAUAGGCAAACUUGGGUUGGGAGGAGAUAAAGAGAAAAAACUUUAUCUGAAAGGGAUCCGUCUUUUUAAAGCAGCAUCCUAGCGUAUAUAUUCCUGAAUAUUUGCACGUGAAAACACCAGCCUUAAUACUUGUAAAUAAGAAACAGUGAUGUCAUCAUGUAAAUGAGUGGUAUGUGCUCUUUACUUGGUGGUGCCUUUCACUAGAUUCUUCCUCAGAAAAUAAAUAUUAAGAGUGGCAUUUCUGAAAAUAUAAAUGGGAAUGUUUAUAUUUUGUAUUUAUAAGUUGUAUAGAUUGAUGUUUUUAUUGAUAAGGAUCAUGUAUUAAACAUAUUGCUGUAAUCACAAUCUGGUUUCCAUAUAAAAUGUAUAUAUUCAAGGUAGAAAAUUAUGAGCAGAUUACCUAGCUGUUAUAUUAUAUGUACAAAAUCGCUAUUAAGAUAAUGGAUGAUUUUGUAAUUAGGAACCAGUCUCUGCAAUGCUCCAUCCAGUUGGUCAUGAUGUACCAUGGCCCCAGUGUACCUCAUCUAUAAGAGGCACUGCAGUUCUUUGCCUUCAUCGACAGCACCUCCCAAACCAUUGUCUCCAACACUAAGAAAGACAAAGGUAGAAGGUACCUCCUGCAUGUUUCCAUUCAAGUCACAAACCAUUCUGACAUGGAAAUAAAUUGCCUUCUGUGGCUGGCUAUCUUUUGGUCACAGCACCAAUGAAUCGUCCUGGUAAUUACUUUGUAUUUAGAAUGUGCUGACAUUUUGGGUAGAAAUUCUUUCACAAUAUGCUUCAUUCAAACAUUGACAAUUUGUGCUUGGUUUCUGAACGUGAGAGUAAUCACACUGUUAUUUGAUUUGACAUAUUAACUGACUGUACCUUUCAUAGAUGAUCCCAGGGUCUAUUGUUUCUACUUAAUACAUUUAUUGAUACCAUUAGUGCUUUCAUUUUAUUUUUGUUAGCAGGAUAGAUGAAGUGGAUGGAAAGGUUUAAAGGGAUAGGUGUCAAAUAUUGGCAAGUGAAACCAGCAUAGAUUGGCAUCUUGGUUGGUAUGGACAAGUUGGGACGAAAGGCCUGUUUGUGCUAUAUGACUAUGACUCUUGGGUAGACAGCUACUUACUGCCAUCGAUUUUAUGUAUGUGACAUUAAUAUUUUUUAUUGUGAGAGAAUUGUCUGCUUACGUUCUGUGACUGAACCUCCUCAGUGGUCUGCUCAUUGAAGCACCUGGGAUUCCAAAGUGGGUCUCUAUCAUGUUAAAUUGUCCAAAUACAUCCUAAAU